AUGAAGAUGUACCCAAAAUCUGACUCAGACGUCACAAGCCUCGACCUAUCAUCACCAAAACGUCCUACUUACUACGUUCAAAGCCCAUCACGUGACUCCGACAAGUCUUCCUCGGUGGCACUGACUACUCAUCAAACCACUCCCACAGAGUCGCCGUCACACCCAUCAAUUGCUAGCCGGGUAUCCAAUGGCGGUGGUGGCGGUUUCCGGUGGAAGGGACGGAGGAAAUAUCACGGCGGGAUAUGGUGGCCGGCUGAUAAGGAGGAAGGUGGUGAUGGACGGUACGAGGAUCUUUAUGAGGACAACAGAGGAGUCUCCAUUGUUACUUGUAGACUUAUUUUGGGAGUUGUUGCGACAUUGAGUAUCUUUUUUCUUCUUUGUUCUGUUCUCUUUGGUGCUUCUCAAUCUUCUCCUCCAAUCGUCUACAUCAAGGGUGUGAAUGUGAGAAGUUUUUACUACGGAGAAGGUUCAGACAAUACAGGAGUUCCAACAAAGAUCAUGAACGUUAAAUGUUCAGUGGUGAUCACAACACACAAUCCUUCUACAUUAUUCGGCAUCCAUGUUAGCUCCACUGCCGUCAGCCUCAUAUACUCUCGUCAAUUCACACUUGCGAAUGCGCGGCUGAAGAGUUAUCACCAACCAAAACAAAGCAACCACACAUCUAGGAUCAACCUUAUUGGCUCCAAGGUUCCACUAUAUGGAGCAGGAGCCGAGUUAGUUGCUUCGGACAACAGUGGUGGAGUUCCCGUGAAGUUAGAGUUCGAGAUCCGAUCACGAGCCAAUAUUGUUGGAAACUUAGUCAAGUCUAGGCAUAGGAAACACCUCUCUUGCUUCUUUUUUAUUUCCUCCUACAACACCACCUUUGUAAAAUUUACCCACAAAACUUGUAUUUCAUAGAAGCUUCUUCAUUUUUUUUUUAAUAUAAAAACUUGAUUCUUA